AUGUCGAAACAAAGCUUUUGGAAAAAGUUAUUUUGUGUGUGUACAGGAGAAGAGAAUAAUGAAUAACGUCCUAAAUCUAGAUCAGUAUAAACUUUGAAUUAAGGACAUUAUCAAUAAUAGAAAUAGAUAUAGAAUCCAAUGGAAGAGAGUAAUAUCUGUAUUUAAUUAAAAUCUAUGAAUUAAUGGAUUGAGUCACCAUAUCAAUUAAUUACUGAUAAUACUUAAUAAUGUUGUUUUUUGGUUCAUAAAACUUCAAUGCAAAUUCCAAACAGUAAAAAUGCAAAUGUCCACUCAUAAAAUCCUUAUCAUUUUUUUGAUCAUUAAGAUGAAAAGAAGAUCCUUUUUGAUAAUAAACAAAAUAGAAUAGCUCCUCUGUAUCUAAGUAGAUAUAUUGCUGGAAGAAUGAAGCCUGCUCAAAGUAUCCUUGAAGUAAAUAGUCAAUUCAAUUAACACUCUAUCCAAGUAUUGAAAUCCUGAAUUGGUAGUUUCUCAACCAAGGAAUGUCAGUUAUAGCUAUAACCUAUAAUACCUAACAUCUUUUAAUGGGAUAGUAGAAUUUAGAGUAAUUUUAAUUGAAUUUUCAUGAUAUCUCUAUCAUUAGGGCUAACUUUGCAAAUCUUAGAUUAGAUUGGAAUCGUAUGUCAAUAGAUGCAAUCUUUAUUAAUCUUACAAAUUAUCGUAAAGAUUAAAAUGAAGAAGUUUAUAAAGCAUUAGUCAAUGCUGUUAAAAUCACGUCUGACAUAGUCAUUUUGGUUGCCGGCUAAAGAGUUACUUUUUUAUAUGAACUACUUGCUAGAAUAACAGUUGAGCAUACUAAUAUAUCGUAUACUAAUCAUUUAACUAAAGCAUGUCUGUAGCUAUUGAAGAAUAAGAGAUUAGUUUUAAUAAUCGAGUUGAAUUUACUGUCAUUUUCAUGGGAACAUUCUCCAAAUUAACCAGGUCUCAUUUGGUUGAAGCACUUUAUGAAAGGCUUAUUUAUUAAACCAAAACCUACAAAGAAUUUGAAUUGUAUACUAUUCUUUAACCAAUACUCAAUGAUCUUAUUGAUACUAUUGGAUGUAUUAAACUGAUGAAGUAUUUCUUACAAUCACUUUAUGAUCUCAAGUAAAUUCAAGAUUUAACACAUAUAUUCUUUAGAACUUUAGAAUAAAAUAAACUUAUUAAUAGAGAUAAAUUUAAUGAGGUAAACAAAUAUUUAUUUUUAUUCAAGUAUCUUGCUAAAUAUCCUAUUGUAUCCCCUCCUUAAUUAAGUCCAUAAAAAAAACCUAAAAAAAAUAGUAUCAUAUUUUUUAUUCAAUCUAGCUAUUUAAUAAUAACAAUCAGUUUCUUUCAAUUAUGACCUCUAAGGUACCAAAACUUAAAUGACUGAUUUCUUAUUAGAUGGAGGUACUUUUACACCUAAUAAUUACAAUACAAGUUAGACUGAAGCCUUAAAAUGA